CAUCAAGAAUCCAACGCUACACUACACACAAAAGCUAGUACUCCUAAUCCUAGCUAGUAAAACUAACCCAUCAUGGCGUCUCGCUCUCGCCACGCCGCCGGCCUUCUCCUCGCCGUCGCCGCCGUCGUCGUCCUAUCCUCCGCGGCGCCGGUAGCGCACGGCCAGGCAGCGACAGCACCAUCCCCAGCCCCGGCGGCGCCGAAGACGAUCACGGCGAUCCUAAGCAAAGCCGGGCAGUUCACCAAGUUCAUCCAGCUGCUGCAAUCCACGCGCGAGGCGGAGCAGAUCACGAACCAGCUCAAGGGCAAGUCGUCGUCGUCCGGCGGCCUCACGGUGUUCGCGCCGCCCGACAGCGCGUUCUCGGCGCUGCCCAAGGGCACGCUCAACUCCCUCUCCGACCAGCAGAAGACGUCGCUGGUGCAGUUCCACGUCGUCUCGGCGGCGCUCGCGGCGGCGCAGCUGGAGACGGUCAGCAACCCGCUGCGGACGCAGGCGGGGGACACCGGGAGGGGAAAGUACCCGCUCAACCUCACCGCCGACGGCACCAACGUCAACAUCUCCACCGGGGUGGUGAACGCCACGCUCGACGGCACGCCGCUCUACGCCGGGGACAGGCUCGUCGUCUACCAGGUCGACAAGGUGCUCCUGCCAUGGGCGCUCUACGGCCCGCCCGUCCCGGCGCCCGCGCCCGCGCCCGCCGCGAGCAAGAAGAAGAAGAAGGCCGCGCCGGAUGCGGUGGCUGACGCGCCCGCGGCUGAGACCGCGGCGGGGACGACGACGACGACGGCGUCGGCGGCUACGCGCGCGCGCGGUGGCGUCGGAGCUGCUGCUGCCGCCGCCGCUUCGUCCUGCGCGGCGGCCGCCGCCGCCGUGGCAGCUUUGUGGUGGGCCAUCUGACAUUCUGACCACCACGUACACCACCACGUACAGUACAGUAAGGAUUCAUGCCGCUAUGUAUGCGUGUCUUGUCGUCGUGGAGCUUCUUUUAAAAUUUCGAUCGAGAGAGAUGUUUCUAAUUCAUCAUCAGUCAGUUGUUUCUUCUUUUAUGAAAACAAAUAUGUAUUGUGGAUGUAUUUGGUGUCGUUUUGUAAUGCUUGUGUUGUAUGCUUUUCAAACUGUACAUGAUGUUGAAUGGACGUAUAUUGUUAUCCAAAUGAUUUGGACAUCA